AAUAAGAAGCAUAAUAAAGAUAAAUGGUUUAAGUAUCUUGGGGUGCCAGUUGUUCAUGCUGGCUUUCAUUUUCAUACAUUUGCUGCUGAGUAUGGCCCGCUCAUGAACUGUAAUGUUCUAGCCGGUGAGUUGAAGCAUAGGUAAGUACCUAUUCUAAAUUAUAGCCAGCUGCUGAUAGUAUCACACUAUAUAAGAAUAUUCAAGAGAUGGAUAGAUCGCGCCUCGCCGCCUCAGCUGAUGACUUAUCUCUUCCGGCUAGAUCGGCUCCACCACUCUUUACGCCUGGGUCUUGCGGGUUCCUGGCGGGAUGAUCAUCCAAUUCUACUAGAGAUUGUCCAGGAUCUGUAUAUGUCCUGCCCACGUCUGAUCCAGAAACAUAUUCUUGCAGAUGAAUUUAUUACUGACCUGCAAGUUACAAUGACACAUCCGAUUGAAUGGCCUCAUUCUUCGCUUUCUGAGCAGGAUAUACUGGACAUGUUACCUUCAGCGUACCGGCAAGAAUAUUCAAUCUCACUUCCUCGCCAGUAUGAUAAAACACAAUUAUCUUACUAUUGUCAGAUCAAAUUCUGUUCCCGUCAUUCACAGACAAUUACCACUGGAAAUUUUAUUAAAUACCAGUCUUCAAUAGCAUAUGUGAGUUGUGGUAUAAAGCAUUAUACACAAUCAGAAUGCUUCUUCUUUCUUUUAUUACAGCCUUGGGUACGGAACGGAAAUACAGAUAAGGCAACAACUCUUCCUUUCUAUUGUUCUUCUAAGAGAUGGGUAUUGUCAGGAUUACAAAGUAAAGUUGAGCCGGCAUUUAUGAUCGAUAUAGAUAAUGUUUACAGACAGGUAUCAGUUGAUAUUAAUACUAGACAAGAUCUAGUAUACUGUUCAUGGAAUAUUGAUUUUAUGUAAAUAACAAAUUAUUAUAUUCUGG